AUGGUGGAUAAUCGCUAUGCCACAGCUUUGGUCAUCGGCUCGGUGCUGAGCCUGCUGUCCACGGUUUACCUCUCCGUGGCUGUGGGGACCCAGCACUGGUUCCAGUACAGCAGCCCACCUGUCAAACGGGACACCAACGUCUCAGAGAUCAAAGAAGAGUUCAUCAACAGCGAGUUUGAUGAGAGGACCUUCGGGGAAACGCCCUACUCCUCCAUGUUCCGCCUGAACGGCACUCUGGGACUGUGGUGGAGGUGCAUUCAGGUGCCCACCAAGUCGCACUGGUACAAAGAGCCAGAUGAUCAUCAUUCAGUCAAUGACAGUGAUGGCAGAGCACAGCCCCCAGAGUGCACUCACCAGAGUGGAUGUCCAGACCCAAAGAUGGAGACCACCUGUGUGAGCUUCACACUUCCUCAGCAGUUCACCCCAAAGUACAAAUACCUCGAAGACCACAGUGAGGAGGAUCUGCUGAGAACAUAUUUGUGGAGGUGCCAGUUUCUCCUACCGCUGGUGUCGCUGGCUCUCGUCUUCCUCAGCGGGCUCAUUGGGGUCUGCGCAUGCCUUUGCCGGAGUUUCACCCCAACAUUUUGUGUGGGAGUCUUCCAUUUUCUGGCAGGUUUAUGCACUCUGGGUGCCGUCUGCUGUUUCCGGGCAGGAAUAGAUCUACUCCACCACUAUUACAAACCACCCCUUGGGGUGGAGGGCUCAAUGGGCUGGUCUCUCUACCUCGCCCUCAUUUCCUUCCCUUUGCAGAUGAUGGCAGCUGCUCUGUUCCUGUGGGCGGCCAAAAGUCACCGCAAGAAUUACACCCGCAUGACCGCUUACAGGGUCGCCUAA